UGACCGACGCCCUCCCCUUUAACGUUUGUGCGACUGUUGCAGCCUGUAGAAAGCCACUUCGAACGAAACCUUGAUUGUCUGAGAGCAAAAUACUGCGGUGUGGGCACUUAACCAGUGACUGGCAUUAAACUCUCGAAAAAGCCGAAGGAAUUGUACGCAUGUAAUAUAAAUCUGUGGACAUAUUCAGAGAUUGGAGACAAAGGCGCAAGAGAUGAAGGAGACAUGUAAUUCGCAUUUGAGUGACCACUUUUGGGUGUACACUUGGUAACUGGGUGGCUCUGAAGAUCGGGGUUGCCAUGAAGUCUUGGGAUGAAGACUCCGGGGAUGCUGAUGUUGGGGAGCUGCUUCUGAGCAUUCAUCUGGAAAGGUACCAAGACAGCUUCAGGCAGCAUGGCUUCCACACGGCUAAAGACUUCAUCCACCUUGACAAUGAAAAACUCGUCCAGAUGGGGAUAACAGCUACAGGCCACCGGAAACGGAUUUUGAAACUCGCGCAGCAGGUCCCGCAGGGGGAUUUACCACAAGACAUCGAGCCGUUUUGGGACGGGCCUCAGCCAGAUCCUGCUCAUGACGAAGCACCUCCAGAGGAACUGGCAUCCCCCUGGGAUCCAAAGGGGCUUCCCAACAACUGCCUUCCAGACAUCCCUGGUGCAACCACAGAAUCGCACAGAGAUCAGGCAGAAGCUGUCGAGAAGCCAAUCCCCAAGCCCAGAACGAUUUUCAACAAACCAAAAACAGAACCUCCGACAGAACCCCCACAGAAAUGCACUUCAAACUCCUUCAUCAUUCUAGAAGACUUCGCUCCAGGGGAAUCUAGCACUGAUGCUGAGGAGCGUGGCUCUGAACCGGGAGAGGACAGUUUGUCAAACUGUGGCUCGCUGGAGUCCCUAGCGAAGGAAGAGCAGUCUGCAGGGAACCUACCUCCAGUUCCUCCUCGAAUCCACAGGGGGAUCCCCCCGGCCAGUUUCACAGGGCAGGGCUCACCUGGCAGAGAAGAACAGGACAAGCUCAGCACCUCAGCUCUCUCAUCCUCCCCCGGCUCCUGCUGCAGCUUUGGGGAGGUGGCCGGCACCACCCUGCCCACACCUCCUUAUCCAGGAAUGGAAAUGAUCUCCAAUGAGAUUUACGCAGGCCUCAGCCAGAGUCAGACGGGUGUUACAGCGAGUGCGCUGGAGAUGCGCAAGAACAGACCCGUCCCACUGCCCCCAGCUAGACUGGAAGCCAGCUCAUCCCUGGAGAAAUCCUGCACUUUAAAAGGCAGUGAUGGUGAGCCCCCAUCAGUACCUGUGCCUACCAAGAGAAUCCUGGUUCACCAGGAGGAAGUGAUCAGCCCAUACUGUGAAACUGUAUUCCAGAGAGACAGAUCUAAUCGGGAACAAAAGGUUCGAGUGCGUGGGGCUACUCGAGCUCAGACUGAGGGCACUGGACACUGCAAACAGGACGAUGAGGGGGAUUCUGGACGGAAAGCUCUCUUGAAGGAACAGCGGAUUUCCCAAAUCCUCCUCAGCGAGUCUGAAGGCUACUCCACAGUGGGGGAGCACCAUGCUCCCAGCCAGAGCUUCUCCCUCCCCCUAGACAUGUACGCUGACGAGAUGGGAGACGACCUGACCAUCUCCCCCUACGCCAGCUUCACCUCCCUCCCCGAUAGGGCCCAGCCCAUCAUCAGCGGCUGGCUGGAACGCGACGACCUGUCCCCCGGUAGACCGAACUAUGUAUUCCAGAAACGCUUUGUCAAGUUUGACGGGAAGAAUCUGAUGUACUUCAGCAACGACAAGGAAGUCUACCCUAAAGGAGUGAUCCCUCUGGCAGCAAUCCAGAUGGCUCGCACAGCGAAGGACAAUAAGUUUGAGAUCGUCACGAGCCAAAGGACGUUUGUGUUCCGCGCCGACACUGAAGCACAGCGGAAUGAGUGGUCCAGCACACUGCAGAACAGAGUCAAGGAUCAGCUGGUCUUCUCCAGGCCUCGGUUCGGGCCGGGCAGCCACUGCCAGAAGAGUGGCUACCUGGAGCUGAAGGGAACCAAGUCCAAGGUCUACGUUGCCAUCAACACUGACCAAGUGUGGCUGCACAAGAAUGAGCAGGGUUUUAAAAAUGGAAUUGGAAUAACUUUGAUCGACGUCCGCGGUUCAACGAUCAGAGACAACAAAAGCAAGAGCUUUGAGCUGAUAUCCCCCUUUAAAGUGUUCAGCUUCACCGCGGAGUCAGAGCGUGAGAAGAAGGAGUGGAUGGAGGCUUUGCAGGAGUCCAUCGCAGAGACCCUCUCUGAUUACGAAGUGGCUGAGAAGAUCUGGUCCAACCGCUCCAACAGGACCUGUGCGGACUGCAAGGCUUACAACCCAGACUGGGCCUCCAUCAACCUCUGCGUGAUCAUCUGCAAGAACUGUGCAGGUCAGCACAGAGGACUGGGCACCACCAUUUCUAAAGUUCAGAGCCUGAAACUGGAUACCAGUGUGUGGAGCAAUGAAAUAGUCCAGCUCUUCAUCAUGCUGGGGAAUGAGAAGGCCAAUGCAUUCUGGGCGGCUCGGCUCCCCUCUGGUGAAGAAUUGGAGACCGAUGCUCCUCCGGACCAGCGCAGAGAGUUCAUCGGGCUCAAGUACCGGGAUGGAAAGUACCGGCGCCUCCACCCCCACUUCAAUACACAGGAGGAGCUGCUCAAGGCACUGUGCGCAGCGACUGUGGAGCAGAAUCUCCUCAAAACAGUGACUCAGAUCUUCGUGGAGGCGGAGGAGGCUGAUGUAGCAGACACAAACGGAUAUGACAAUUCCAGGAACUUGUACGAAACACACCUUUACAGCACAGGUGCAGCAGAUCUCAGCUCGUCGGAUGACUGCGGCUCAGGAAGUGUGUACGAUGAGAUCAUGCAGUCUGUGUUGCAUUCUGGGUACCUGUACAAGUCAGGAUCCACCAGCAAAGGGACAACAGCAAAGAAACCCAGAGAAGAGUUCCAGAAGCAGUGGUGCUGUUUGGAAAGGUCCCUGCUCUUCUAUGACACUGACAAGAGCACCGAGCCCAGCAUGAAGAUCGAGCUCAGUGACAUCAUCUGUUUAGGAGUCAUCCGGCCGGCUUCACUGACCAGCCCUGGUCCUUUUGACAGAUUCAGAUACACUUUUGAGCUUUACUUAUCUUCAGAGAAGCUGUACCAGUUUGGGGUUGAGAGUCCCGAGGCUCUGCACAGCUGGACGAGUGCCUUAGGAAAGGCGUGCACCCCGCUCAGCUGUCACUGUCUGCUGGGCCGGGAGUUUGAGCGUGUGGGCCGGCUCCGCUACAAGGCCAUGCUGGACCCCGAGCAGUGGAAGGAGGGCUACUUCGUGCUGCAGAAAUCCAACCUGUUCAUCUGCCCCAGUAAUGACGGGGCCGCGGAGGACAGCAUCAAUCUCAAGAGGCUGCAGGAACUCAGUGUUGCCUCUCAGAAUGAGAACAGUGAGAAGAAGGACAUUCUGGUGCUGGUUGAAAUGGGAAGGACUCUGUACCUCCAGAGCGUGGCGCGGAUGGAUUUCUCCAUGUGGUACAUGGACAUCCAGACCGCUGCGGGAGGGAAGGGGAAUGCACUCCGAGACCAGCAGCUCAGCAGGAACGGCAUCCCCAUCAUAGUGGACAGCUGUAUAGCCUUCCUCACCCAGUACGGCCUGAGGCACGAGGGGAUCUACAGGAAGAACGGAGCCAAGUCUCGGAUCAAGCUGCUGAUGGAGGAGUUCCGCAGGGAUGCGCGCAACGUCAAGCUGCGCAUGGGGGACAACUUCAUUGAGGACGUGACCGACGUGCUUAAGAGGUUCUUCAGGGAAAUCGACGACCCUGUCUUCAUGGCGGACCUCCACCACCUGUGGCAGGAAGCUGCAGUGAUCAGUGAGAAGCUGCAGCGCCUGGACCGCUACAAGAAGCUGAUCUGCAGCCUGCCUCGAGUCAACAGGACUACGCUGGCCGCUCUCAUCGGACACCUGUACAGGGUGCAGAAGUGUGCGGACUUGAACCAGAUGUGCACUAAGAACCUGUCGCUGCUGUUCGCUCCCAGCCUCUUCCAGACCGACGGGAAAGGGGAGCACGAGGUGAAGAUCAUGGAGGACCUCAUCGAUAACUACCUCUAUGUCUUCGACAUUGAUGAGGAACAGCUGACACAGAUAGAACUGGAGAUCAGUCUGAUCACAACCUGGAAAGACGUGCAGCUGUCCCAGGCAGGCGACCUGAUCAUCGAGGUGUACCUGGAGAAGAAACUUCCUGAUUGCUGCAUCACCCUCAAAGUUUCCCCUAUGAUGUGUGCGGAGGAGCUGACCAAUCAGGUUUUAUACAUGAGAAACAUCCCAGCCGGGGAUAAAGACGUCUGGCUGACAUUUGAAGCCAUCGAGAACAGUGAAUUGGAACGACCCCUCCACCCCAAGGAGAAGGUUCUGGAACAGGCCCUGCAGUGGUGCAAACUGCCUGAGCCCAGCUCAGCCUACCUGAUGGUAAAGAAGAUUCCUAAUGGACAGGCCAUCGAAAUCUUCACUGGGUUCCAGAGUGAGAUUGUGAAGAGCGGGGGCCUGAAGUGCCGGGAGGAGCCGCCCAAACUGCUGCAGGGAAACAAGUUCCAGGAGCGGUUCUUCCAGAUCCAUGAUCAUAAGCUUCUGCUGCUCAAAGACAAGAAGAGUAAUAAACCUGAGAAGGAGUGGCCACUAAAAACCCUAAAGGUUUACCUGGGAAUUCGGAAGAAACUGAAAGCCCCAACACAGUGGGGAUUCACUGUGUUCAUGGACAAACAGCAGCUAUAUCUGUGUUGUUCUGGAGAGUCUGAGAUGUGGGACUGGAUGACAAAUAUCCUUAAGGCUCAGCACGAUGACCUUCGACCUGCAGUUCUGCGGCGACACUCCUCCUCUGACCUCUCCAAGCAGAACUUUGGGACGAUGCCUCUGGUCUCCAUUCGUGGAGAUGAGAGCAACAGCACCAUGCUGUCAGCCAAUCAGACUCUGCGAAAGCUACAUGCUAGGAGGACGCUCUCCAUGUUCUUUCCCAUGAAGAUGCAGCAGGACUCGUUCGAGGAGCAACCCUCAAGCUCCGAGCCGCUGUACGAGGAGGUGGGAGACUUCGGACUCCAGGUGCUCAAGUCUCUGCAGACCAGCUUCCUCUCGGGCCCCUCGGAGGUGAAGACCCUGCCUCUCAGCAGGCCAGCCAGCCAGGAUUAUAGGAAGACCAGCUCCCUGGACAGGAUGAUCGGUCCCAACCCCGUCAGGACGCUGUGCGUUGAGGGGUCCCGGGACCUCUCCCAGUCUUCGUCUCUGGAGAGGUUCAGGAGCCCUGACCACAUGGAGCCGCUCGUACUGGAGGAAUCCUGCACCACCGACCCAGAGGGGUCCACCAGGCCUUGCCCCAAAAAGAAGGCCUUAAGCACCCCUUCCCAGGACAUGCUGCUGCAGGAGCUGGCCAAUGUGUUUAUGAAGAAAGGCGAGGCCGGGAAUGCAGCCAGCCAGGCUGGACAGAACAUCCUUUAGGAUUAUAGUCAGGCUAGUCAUUAGGUUCUGCUUGUGGUGUUCAGAGCUGUGCGGAUUGUGCGGCUUUAUAGCCAUCGACCUAAACAAAUAUGUUUAAACUGGAAGUGUUCAAUGGGAGAGCUGCUGGACAUACUGAAAAGGUUGAGAUUAGCCUUCUCCCAACCUUUGUUGGGCAGCCUCCAAAUUUGUUGCCCGUCAUCACUGUCCAGCAAUUCCACGAAGGAACAGUGGGCUUAAAUGCUGUUUCUGAGUGUUGAUUGUUCUAGCUUCAUAGCGUCCCUGCUGUUGCCAGGUACGUUUAAUAUGAUGAAAUAACUGGUAACCCGUUCUAUGAAAACACACAUGCAUACUUGCUCACAUACAGAUGUAUUACUCUCGAUUUACAUUAAGAGACUACCAGAAUCCAAGUCUCACCCAAACAUAUGAAACACAGAAACAGCAGCAUGAAAAUCCGAAGUAAGGUAAACUUUAUAAUGCCAGCAAUCUAGCCCUUUACGUACGUUGCUUAUAAAAAUUGUGCCAGAAGUCUAGCCUUUUGAGUUCCUGCAAUAACUUCAUUUUGGAGUCCAUUUAAAAAAGACAAAGCAACACACUUUUUCAUUUUGCAAACUGCACUUAAGCUUGCUUUGUGUACCCCCCCCCCCCCC